CACAAAACAGUUACUGGCUAUAUUUCACUGCAGUGUAUUGGACAACGCAGCAUUUGACGACUGAGUCGAGAGGCACGCACAAUGAAGGAAAACAACAGUUAUAACCUCAAGCAUGCCCCCCUUCCCAAUGGAAAUGGAUGCCUGGUAAUGGGAAACGGAGAGUGCAAUCCUGCGUUUGAAAUGGAGAUCACAAAUUGUUCUCAGGAUGGGAUCACAAAUGAUACUAGCAACACCAAAAAAGAAGCGGAGCACUCUAAAAAGCGACUUGGAUUUUAUCUAAGCCAAAUAGCCAUGCCGAUAAAUGUCACUGAGAAUUACCUGAAAUCUCACUGGGAAACCAUCAAGUUUAUUAUAUAUGGCAUACUCGGAGCAGGUUAUUUGGUAUACUUCAUUAUAGCCUGUAUUUUGGAUUUCGAGAGGGCCACUGCCUUGGUGGUCAUCACUUGUUUGGCUGUUUUGUCAAAGUCCUAUGACCUUGUGAAGAAGUACAAGGGAGAGCGUAUCAGUCGCUGUUUCAGUCCUGUAGUAGAGUGCUUCAAAUCCAAUUUAAGAUGGCUCAAAUGGGUCUUCAUUUUCAUCGUCUUGAUCCUGCUUGGACUGUGGCUCGGGCUAGACACAAUCAAACGUCCCGAACAGUUUAUCUCCUUCGGAGGUGUUUGUAUGUUCAUCCUGCUCGUGUUCCUCUUCUCAGCUCACAGGACAGCAGUGACCUGGAGGCCUGUGUUUUGGGGCCUAGGGUUGCAGUUCUGCAUCGGACUUUUUGUCAUUAGAACUGAGCCGGGACUCAUAGCUUUCCAAUGGCUUGGACGACAAGUGCAGAUUUUCUUGGACUACACCAAAGUGGGAUCAUCAUUUGUUUUUGGAGAUUUGAUCAACGGGAUCUUUGCAUUCCAAGCUUUGCCUAUAAUCGUGUUCUUCAGCAGUGUGAUGUCUGUGCUUUACUUUCUGGGAUUAAUGCAGUGGCUCAUCCUGAAGAUCUCAUGGAUUAUGCAGAUAACGAUGGGAACCUCUCCCACGGAGACCUUGAGUGUAGCAGGCAAUAUAUUUAUUGGCCAGACAGAGGCACCACUGUUGAUUCGGCCCUAUUUAGAAGGUAUGACCAAAUCUGAAAUCCAUGCUGUUAUGACUGGAGGAUUUGCCACAAUUGCAGGCAGCGUCAUGGGAGCAUUCAUCUCAUUUGGGAUAGAUGCAUCCUCUUUGAUAUCAGCCUCAGUCAUGGCUGCUCCCUGUGCGCUCGCCUUUUCUAAGUUGUCUUACCCAGAGACAGAAGAGACCCGGUUCAAGUCAGAGGAGACGAUCAAAGUUGCUUGUGGAGAGGAGAAGAACAUUCUGGAGGCAGCAAGCAGUGGAGCAUCAGCUUCCAUCGGUUUGGUUGCCAACAUCGCCGCAAACCUUAUCGCCUUCCUCGCCAUCCUCGCAUUCAUUAAUGAAGCUCUGAGCUGGCUUGGAGGCAUGGUGGGAUACCCCGAUAUCACCUUUCAGCUAUUCUGUUCAUAUAUCUUCAUGCCUCUGGCCUUUAUGAUGGGAGUGCCAUUUGAGGAGAGUUUUACUGUCGCCGAGCUUAUUGGCAUAAAACUUUUCCUCAAUGAAUUUGUGGCCUAUCAGAAAUUAUCCGCACUUAAGACUAACAGGCUUAAUGGACUGGAUGCAGUAAUUGAUGGAAAAAGAAUGUGGAUUUCCGUCCGAUCAGAAACAAUCUCCACCUAUGCUUUGUGUGGUUUUGCCAACUUCAGUUCUCUUGGCAUCAUGAUCGGAGGUCUCGCCUCUAUAUGCCCAUCUAGAAGAGGUGAUGUCUCGGCUCUUGUGUUGCGAUCCAUGAUCACAGCCACGUGUGUCUCCCUUGUCAAUGCUUGCAUCGCGGGGGUCUUAUUUGUUCCUCCGCUUGACUGUGUAAAGUUGAUCAGCGACUCUGCUCUCAACAGUACAGAUGUGAACCUGCAGAAUUGCUGCACUGACCUCUUUGAAAAUACUGUGAACAAUGGGAGUAUCUCAUUCGAAGGAUCGUGGAGCACUGUCGCAAACGUCACUUAUUACUUGGCAAAAUGCUGUCAGUGCUGUGGCGUCUCCCAAGAGGCACUUUGUAUGUAAAGGAACACUAUAUCGAUAUCCUUGUUUAGUAGUUUGGUUACAGCGGUUUCCAAGUCUGUAUAUGAAUGUAAAGACUAUGGGGUGAGGGGGGCACUUACGUUUACCCUUAUGUUAUUCAAUAUGAGGCUUUAUUCAAUUUGAUACUCUUUUUGGGGAGUUCAUCAACCAAUAGGCACCUUUUUUUUCCUAUUUUUUUUUUUUUUAUCUCGCUGCACUAGGAAGUUUAGUACGUACAGAAGAGUGCAAACAAUAUGAGAAGUAUAUUACAUACUGUAGUAUGUUAAGAGAAAGCUGUACAGUAUAACUGCCAUGUAUUAUAUUGUAAAUGGAUGAUGAAGUUGAAUUUUAUUGUGUUGAAUGUUAAAAGAACAAUACCUCAGGUUACCAUCAGGCAUUUGCUGUUUGAUAACUGUAUAUAGACAAAGAUUUCCAAUAAUCAUUUUUGAAUUGAUUAUUAAGUAGAUGUCUGUACUGUAUAAAAAAAAAAGACCCAUGUAGACUGAAAUAUGAAUCAUACUCAGAAAACAAAUGUUUUGCAUUUUUAUUAAAAAUAGAAAAUAUAUUAUUUUGACAUGGUGUAAUACUUAAUAAACAUACUGUAAUACUUUGUCUCACACUCACUCAUUCUAACAAACAUUUGGGCCAGUUGCAAUAAUUCGCCUUUUUGUCAACACAGUUUGAAAUAACUGUCUUUACCCAUAUUACAAAGUCGAUCCAAUUUUGGACUGUCCCUUGUCUGAGGCUCAUUUUCCAACUUUUUUUUUUUUU